AUGGCGCAUCAAAAUCACGCGCUCAACACUCAAACGGUUACGUAUGGCAGACUCUCCACUUCUUCCACUUCUUCCACUUCUCAAAGCGCUUUGAAAACAAGGAAACCCUCCCAUUUUCGAGCGAAAAUCAAAGUUCAAAAUAUACAAAUCGUUGUUCGAAACCUCCAUCAAAACACCAUCAAACUCUCCGUGAAGAAUCUGAAGAGAAAACAAAGCAACAAUACUCAACAUAAAAUGGCAGCAAGAAACCAAACAAAAGACCUUAAGUGUGCCACAUAUCUCCUGAGUGAUAAGUUCAGAAACAUGACUGAGGAGAAGAAGGCGAUUGUGAGGGAUCUCGGAUUCGGUGGGUUGAUGCACAUCCCACCACUAAGGGUGGAUCACCAACUCUUAAGGGAGCUGGCAAACAACUUCAAACUUGGGGAGAACAGACUGAAGACAGGAUAUGGUUCUUUCCAAAUAACACCAAAAAAAAUAGGUCAUGCACUUGGCAUCAAUGCAACAGAAUGGACUCCAAAAAAAGAAAGCAGAGGCAAGAGGAGUCAGAUUCUGAUUCAGAAUCUGAAUCUGAACCAAGUGAUGAGAGCGAAGAAUCAUCACCUGCGGAGAAGGAGAAGAAAAAGAAAAAAACAAAAACAACACCACAAAAGUAAGCACUUCUUUGGAUAAUAUUCUGUGAUAAAAUUAAUUUUUUAUUUCUGAUUGGUACUCUUUUUUUU